ACAACAGUAGUAUACGCUAAAGUCUAUCUCUUACUUUAACUUCAACUCAUCUCUCUCUCUCUAUAUAUUUUUGUUUUAAGGAUAUUCUUUUUUGGGCUUUGUCCUCUGUGCCUUUGUAUAAAUAUAGGUGGAAGUUUUUUUUUUAGAAAGGCAAGAACUUUGAAUAGGAAAUGAUAGGGGUGGAAGACUUGAGUUUGGAGAAGCUGAUGGUGAAUAGUAGCAGUUGUAAAAUGGGGAGUGGGGUGAUCGAAGAGUGGAAAGAUAUACCUAUGGAGUUGUUGUUAAGGAUUGCAUCACUUCUCGAUGAUAGGGCUGUGAUUGUUGCUUCUGGUGUUUGUAGUGGUUGGAGAGAUGCUAUUUCUUGGGGACUCACUCAUCUUUCCCUUUCUUGGUGCAAGAGGAAUAUGAACAACUUAGUGCUAACACUUGCCCCCAAGUUCACGAAGCUGGAGGUUCUAAUUCUUAGACAAGAUUUACCACAACUUGAGGAUGAUGGCGUCGAGACAAUUGCCAAUCACUGUCAUGAAUUGCAAGACCUUGAUCUUAGCAAAAGUUUCAAGUUAACUGACCGUUCCCUUUAUGCUUUAGCUCAUGGCUGUCCAAACCUCACGAAGCUGAAUAUCAGUGGCUGCUCUGCUUUCAGUGAUAAUGCAGUUGCAUAUCUCGCUGAGCGUUGCCGAAAACUAAGAGUCUUAAACCUUUGUGGUUGUGUUAAAGCUGCAACCGAUAAAGCAUUGAAGGCUAUUGGUUAUUACUGUAACAGAUUGCAGACUGUAAAUCUAGGUUGGUGUGACAAAGUUGGUGAUGAAGGUGUAAGGAGUUUGGCUUAUGGGUGUCCUGAUCUCAGACUCCUUGAUCUGUGUGGCUGUGUCCUUAUAACAGAUGAGAGUGUGAUUGCUUUGGCAAACAAUUGCCCUCACUUAAGAUCCCUCGGUCUUUACUUCUGCCAGAACAUCACAGACAGAGCAAUGUACUCUCUGGCUCAGAGUCGUGUCAAAAACAAGCACGAGAUGUGGGCGUCUAUGAAGAAGCACAGGUACGAGGACGAAGGGCUUAUGAAUCUAAACAUCAGCCAGUGCACUGCUCUCACACCUCCUGCCGUUCAGGCAGUUUGCGAAGCAUUUCCUGCUCUGCACACGUGCCCCGGACGACAUUCCCUCAUCAUUAGCGGCUGCUUGAACUUAACAUCAGUGCACUGUGCAUGUUCUGUUCAAGCACACCGUGCACGUGUUCUCCAUCCAGCUCACUGAGUGUUGUUCUGUGGAGGGAAAUUUCCAAGUUUGGAGGCCUUCAUUAGAGGGGGGGAAAGGCAAAAGAGGACCAAAAGGUGGAACUAGGCCUUGUACAUAUUCGUUAAUGUAAAAUCUAUGCUGGACAAUCUUUUUGGCUGUAUAAGCCAUUCGGUUCUGUUUGUUUACUCUUUUGGACUGAGAACUUGUUGGUUUUAUGUUACUCUGACUCCUUUCAUGUGUUAAAUGUUUGGUCAAGGACAUUUGUUUCAUGUUCCCCCCUAUAUAUGGACAAAUGACUUUUUAAUGGAGAAAUUAUAUUUUCUUCCAAACCAUAGAAGAAAAAGCUUCUCAUUGCCUUCA